CCUCAUCAUCGUUAUCUCCAUCUCUUUCCACACUUUCUAGCUUUUCAAGCAAGACCAAAAAAUGACCCGCACCGUCGAAUCAUAUAACGCCUUCCUGAACACCCCUCUGAGCGAGGCGGAUCCUGAGAUCGCACAGAUCAUCGAGCACGAGAAGUACCGUCAGUUUGCUGAACUCGAGCUGAUUGCCUCGGAGAACUUCACGUCGCAGGCCGUGAUGGAGGCCAACGGGUCGGCACUGACCAACAAGUACUCUGAGGGACUUCCUGGAGCGCGCUACUACGGUGGCAACGAGUACGUUGACCAGCUGGAGACGCUGUGCCAGAAGCGCGCGCUGGAGGCAUUCAAGCUGGACCCGAAGGACCGUACUCUGGCUCGACGGCGAAACUUUGCUGCGCUGACGGCGCUGCUGAAGCCGUUCGACCGUCUGAUGGGUCUUGAUCUGCCGUCUGGCGGACAUCUGACCCACGGCUACCAGACUGACAAGAAGAAGAUCUCGUCGUCGUCGAUUUACUUCCAGAGCAUGCCGUACCGCGUGGACUCUGAGACGGGCAUCAUCGACUACGACCGCCUGGAGGAGAACGCGCUGCUGUUCCGGCCGCAGCUGCUGAUCUGCGGAGCGUCGGCGUACCCGCGGGACUUUGACUACCCGCGUCUGCGCAAGAUCGCCGACAACCACAGCGCGUAUCUGCUGUGCGACAUGGCACACAUCUCCGGUCUGGUUGCUGCUGGCGAGCAGGAGAGCCCGUUCAAGUACUGCGACAUUGUGACGACCACCACCCACAAGACGCUGCGCGGCCCGCGGGCCGGUCUGAUUUUCUUCCGCAAGCACGAGGGCGAGGACCGCAAGACGUCGCUGGAGGCGCGUGUCAACCAGGCGGUGUUCCCGUCGUGCCAGGGCGGCCCGCACAACAACACAAUCGCCGGUAUUGCGGUCGCGCUGAAGCAGGCGGCAUCGCCGGAGUUUGUGCAGUACGCCAAGCAGGUGCGCGCCAACACGCAGGCCCUGGCCAAGACGCUGACGGGUCACGGCUACCGGCUGUCAUCGGGCGGCUCUGACAACCACCUGGUGCUGUGGGACCUGAAGCCGCAGGGCCUGACGGGCAGCAAGAUCGAGAAGAUCUGCGAGUUUGUCAACAUCACGCUGAACAAGAACUCUGUGUGCGGCGACAAGAGCGCCGUGACCCCUGGCGGUGUGCGUAUCGGCACGUCGGCGCUGACCUCGCGUGGGUUCAAGGAGGAGGACUUUGUGCAGGUGGGUGAGUUCCUGCACCGCAUCGUCGAGAUCGCCGACGAGGUGCAGAAGGCGGCCGGCAGCAAGCUGCUCAAGGACUUUUUGGCCGCUGCCAAGGACAACGACAAGAUCGUGCAGCUGCAGAAGGAUGUUGAGGCCUUUGCCACAUCGUUCCCUAUGCCCGGCUUUGACGUGUCGGGCCUGAAGAAGCCCCAGCACUGAUUUUUCCCUGGUGCAUUUCUCUUUUAAAUAUAAUUUUCAUCUCCUGUU